AUGCGUUUCAACAGCUUCAUCGCCGCGGCCGCUGCGGUUGCCCAGGGCGUCGCCGGCCUCGGAAUCAACUGCCACGGAGACGUCCUCUGCGGCAUUGCCUACAUUAGCGGUGGCCGUCUGUCACAUCUCGCAGACGCCUUCAACAAGCUCGACGACAACCGGAAAUACGACAACGGCGACGACGUGGCCUGUAUCGAGCUCGAUUCCGUCAACUUCAACGGCAAGUUCACGAGCACGCUCUGUGCCUACAUCCAAAACUCCGAGGGCGACGUCACCGGCGCUACGCUCAAGAGCCUCUUCAAGGAGCUUCAGGAGUUUGGAUGCGCCAUCUGCGGAAGCGUGCCGCUGCACUAUGCCAAGGGCGACAACGACAUCAACCACGGAGAGCUCACCAUCAACCUCGUCGAGGAGCUCCCCGAGAACUGCAAGGUCAACGAGCCCUGCUCGGCGUAA